AUGACAAGUGAACUCAUGGCUCUGAAGGUCAUUGGGAAGGUUCACUUUGUGACAAAGUUCCUGGCAAGGGUAGCUGAGUUCCUGCAUACAGAGAGGACCCUGGCAACAUCUCAGAUACAGUGCCACUAUGACUAUGCUUGUAUCUCAUGGUUUAGUGGCAUAACAAAAAAUCUGAAGGACAAACAGCCCAAAACAAACUAAUGAAUAAGAAUUAUACUCAAGCUCAGCCCUAGGACACACAUUGGUUCUAAUCAUUUCAGGGAACUGAACUGGCUUCCAGUUGAUCUCCGGGUGGUGCAGAUCAAACUGUUGAUGAUUUUUAAAGUUAUACAUGACAUUGCCCCCAGUUACCUGUCUGGUUAUUUUAAUUUAAUUAGAGACUCUCAUAGCCAUCACACCAGAGCCAGUUCUGCCAAUAUCAGACUGGAAUUUUUCUCAGUCAAGUGUAAUUGUGUAGCGGUGAAGGUAAAAUGCUCUGUUAUAUAAUUGGGAUGUGAACUGGACCAACACAUGACAAGUGAACUCAUGGCUCUGAAGGUAAUUGGGAAUUGGGAAGGUUCACUCCGUGACAAAGUUCCUGGCAAGGGUAGCUGAGUUCCUGCAUACAGAGAGGACCCUGGCAACAUCUCAGAUACAGUGCCUCUAUGACUAUGCUUGUAUCUCAUGGUUUAGUGGCAUAACAAAAAAUCUGAAGGACAAACAGCCCAAAACAAACUAA